GACAGACACUUGCUGGCUUCGUUUCGAUAACAAAUACUCCAUAAAUACCCGGGGGCAGAACGGUCCCGGGUCUCUGGAGCGCGGCCGGGGCUCUCCCCUUCCCCGGGGUGGGAGCGUGGGCUGGGGCUGCCUGGGAAGGAGCAGGGGGAUGAUGCAAAACAGACGGCUCUGGGGUUUUCCCCAUCCCGCUAACGCAACCCUUGGGGRCAAGGUGACACGAUUGCCGAGCCAGCAGCAGGUUUGGGUUUCUCAGAAAUGUGUUGGGGGAUGGGGCUAUGGGGUGUGACAGGACCACCCCCACCGCUGUGUCUACAGCAGGGUGGCAAACUUGUUGUUGAACAGGAGAGUAACUCUUGCACGGUGCUCGUACAAGGGCGGGUGAGCCAUCAGGAAACUCCCAAACCUCAAAAACAAGCCUGGAGAGGUCACGGGACUAGGGGAAAGGUCAUGGGGCUGGGGAAAGCAAACCCCUAGAAAGCUGCUGGGGAAGGGGUGGGAGGCUGUGAGAGGCUCAGCGUUGUCGUUUGUGUCUGUAGGGAACCUGAGCACCCUUGUUUUGUACUGGCCACAUUGGGUGCCCUCCGCGGGAUGCCCCAAAUCCUGAUGCAGGUGCAGGAGGCAGAUCUUCCACUUUCUCAACCCUGUGCCAAUAUCAGUCAAUCCCAUGCCUCRGGAAAAGAGCUGCUGCCUCCAGCARCCUGGUUGUACCUGCACGGSAGAACGUUGUGUGCUGGGAAGCUGAGAGUGUGCCAAGGGCCUGGCAGUGUURUGAUCAAAAGCAAAAUGUGUCUCUUAAAAAUGGUCAAGGGGAGUAUUAUAGGCCCUGAAGAGAUCUUGAACUUCUGUUGCAAUGGCCUCCAGGGCUCGACCUCUCCGCCACGUGCCCGGGAGCCAGGGGAGGAGGCGCAGGGGGCCAUGGCCAGCCCCCCGCCCGCCCGCAACCCCACCGAGGUGCAGAUGAGCCAGCUGGUGCUGCCCUGCCACACCAACCACCGCGGCGAGCUCAGCACCGGCCAGCUGCUCAAAUGGAUCGACACGGCCGCCUGCCUCUCCGCCGAGAGGCACGCCGGCUGCCCGUGCGUCACAGCUUCCAUGGAUGAUAUCUAUUUCGAGCACACCAUUAGCCAGCCGCCCRUAAGCCCUGGAAUGGGGAGGAGCUCUCUCGGCGUGGGGCAAGUUGUCAACAUCAAAGCCAAAGUGAACCGAGCCUUUAACUCCAGCAUGGAGGUGGGCAUCCAGGUGAGCUACGAGGACCUGUGCAGCGGGAAGCACUGCAGCAUCUGCAAGGCGUACGCCACCUUCGUGGCACAGGGCCCCUUGGGCAGCAAGGUGCGUCUGGAGCCGCUGAUSCCGCAGACGGAGGAGGAGAAGAUCGAGCACAGCAUCGCUGCCGAGCGCCGCCGCAUGCGCCUGGUGCACAAGGACACCCUCAAGGACCUCCUGACCCGCAGCCCMCAGCAAACCGAGCUGGAGACGCGGGACGGCAGCGGGGCAGUGCCGGCAGCGAAGACACGGGUGGAGAGCGUGGAGCUGGUGCUGCCUCCCCACGCCAACCACCAGGGCAACACCUUCGGGGGGCAGAUCAUGGCCUGGAUGGAGAAUGUGGCCACCAUCGCUGCCAGCCGGCUGUGCCACGCCCACCCCACGCUCAGGGCCAUCGAGAUGUUCCAYUUUCGGGGACCGUCGCAAGUCGGAGACCGCCUGGUGCUCAAAGCCAUCGUCAACAACGCCUUCAAAAACAGCAGCAUGGAGGUGGGGGUCAGCGCCGAGGCUUACGGCCAGGAGAUGUCGGUCAGCCGCCGGCACAUCAACAGCGCCUUCAUGACCUUCGUGGUGCUGGACCAGGAUGGCCACCCCCGCACGCUGCCCAUGCUGGCACCCGAGCCGGGGGAUGGAGAGAGGAGGUACAGAGAAGCCAGUGCUCGGAAAAAAAUUCGGCUGGACCGAAAGUACGUCGUCUCCUGCAAACAGACCGAGGUGCCGCUCUCUGUGCCCUGGGACCAAAGCAACAAGGUUUAUCUGAGCUAUAACAACGUCUCUGCGCUGAAGAUGCUCGUGGCCAAAGCGAACUGGGCACUGGCCAGAGAAAAGGAGAAGGUGCGGAUGUACACGCUGGAGGAGGACAAGUUCCUGUCGUUCCGCAUCGAGAUUUCCGUCGGCAUCGCGGCCGGCCGCGCCUUCUCGCUGCUCUCCAACCUGGAGCGCCGGCACGAGUGGGACAGCCACUAUGUGAGCGCUGAGCUGGUGCAGAAGGUCGAUGAUGAUGACAUGAUCUACCACGUGGUGAGCCAGAAGCUCCGACACGAGAACAAACCGCAGGACUUUGUCAUCCUGGCGUCCCGGCGGAAGCCCUGCAGCACGGGGGACCCCUACGUGGUGGCUUUUCGGUCGGUGACGCUGCCCACCCACCCUGCCCAGCCUGAAUUCACGCGCGGGGAGACGCUGUGCUCCGGGUUCUGCAUUUGGCCGGAGUCAGAGGAGAUGAGCAAGGUGGCUUACUACAACCAGGCCACGCCGGGCUACCUCAACUAUGUCACCACCAACGUGGYGGGACUGUCCUCUGACAUCUGCUCCACCUUCGAAGCCUGUGAGAAGUUCCUGCUGAAGAACAAGGAGGACCUGAUCUCACGGAUGCAGGACUUCUAGAGCCACGGGACCCUGCUGGACAGAUGGACAGACAGAUGGACAGACAGAUGAGGGGACACCUCUGUGGUGGAAGGGGAUGUGGGAUGGUGGCACACUGACCCUGCCUCCUUGGGGACUUUGGUCCCAGGGGCUGGGUUGGAGGGGCAUCACUGUCCCACCUCAUCCCUUGCACUGAUGUGUCAUAUCUUCUUUCUUUUUUUUUUAAUUUUAGUUAGAAAUUUUAUAAGCUGAUGUACAGGACUUGAAUCUUUAUAUGAUCCAAAACCUUCCCAAAUAGGAUUAUUUUUUUUUUUUACUAGUUCUCUGUGGGACAUAACUGGUUUCUUUUGGGGCAGGAAAGGGAGUGAUAUGGGGUAGGUUCUGUACUCUUCCCUGGCAUAGGGGUGGCUGGUGGAACAUCCCACUCUCCCCAGUGCUGCUCCUUUCCCUGGGCUGAAAUCCCACCCCGUGGGGCUGUGGAAGGAGCAGCAAUAAAAGUGAACUGAAAGGAAAAACAUCCACGUGUGCUSUGGGUGAGUGUCUGCUCCAGGGGCUGUGAGGUGAGCUUGGAGCAGGGAUCCUGCACCCACAGCACCCACAGCACCCYUGGCACUCAGUGGAUGUGGGGACAGGACUGUGCUGCAGGAAAAGGGGGGUGCUCCAUGCAAAUGGGGACUGCCUGGGGGUGCACCAACACCUUGAGCUGUAAACMCCAAACUGCCUCAGAGGCGCUGGAAAAGGGAAAAGCAGAGCCAAACCUUGUUGCCCUAAGUCUGGGAUGCUCUGGGAAAGCCAGCAGAGUGAAGCAGGGGGGACAGCAGAAGAGCUUCUGAUCGGUCACAGCCCAGGGGACACCUGUCCUGAGCCCCAGGACAG